AUGCAUCAUCAACUGCUCCACACAGGAAGAGACAGUUGCCUACAUAUCCAAGAGGACGGCGCCUCUACUUAUAAUCCAGCAGGAAGAAAAAAAGCUUCUCUCCGGCCCACAUAUCCCAGCCAAUCGGAGACUAAGCAGUCCAGCCAAGGAGAAGACCCCAUACUUUGGACUCCCAGCUUCCUCAGUGGACUCUUUGGCCCUGAAGUACAAUGGGAAGCAAGAACAGACGCCAGCAUUGCCUUCGUGAAACCCGGGGAUGAGGGGAAGAAAUUAUCAAACAGGCACACAAAUAAAUGUGAGGAAACCUACCGAGAUAAACGCCAUGAAGAAAAUGAAAGUCUUGAAGUUCUCGCGAGGUCCGCACGCGAAAAUCAGAAGGUCGCCGGGUGCGCACGCGCAGUCGUGGGGCAGACGGCAGUUAGGGCCCUCGGCGGACUUAUCCGUAUUGGGGGUCCAGGGAUUCCGCGGUUCCUCUGCUUGUGUGUCGGGCUCCUGCUAGUUCGGGUCUCCCGUGAGCUCAACGACAUUAGUCGAGCCAGGAAAUUGUGCGGCAGGCAUCUACUGCAAGAAAUAGUAAAACUCUGUGGCAGUGUUAACUGGAGCCACAUUGAGGAGGAAAAGCCUUUCACACAGCUGCUUUCCCAGGCCUCGGAGAAGGUUGAAACCUUCAUCCCUGACCGGUUGGAAAGCUCCCAAACCACUUUCCCGGUCUGGAGGAGAGCGACAAACCCAGUCUCUACUUUUGCCUCUCAGGAAGAAGCAUUAAACAAUUUGGAGAUGCAGUCACUGCCUGAGCAUCAGUACAAAAAGGCCAACUUGCCUUUUAAGACAAGACAAGAGAUAUUUUCCUCAUCACAAGAUAUCAGUCCAUAUAUUCAUGAGAUUGUAGAAUUUCAGAAGAAAAAUACAAACAAAAUUAAAACCUUAAGCAAUUUGUUUUGGGGGAAUCAUCCCCAAAGAAAGCGCAGAGGAUACUCAGAAAAAUGUUGUCUGAAGGGAUGUACAAAAGAAGAACUUAUUAUUGCAUGCCUUCCAUAUAUUGAUUAUAAAAACUUAAAGAAGCAUCAGCAGUUGUGACUGAGAUAUACUAACCAUCAUAGGAAUUACACUAACUUUAUAAAAAGCUUAAUAUAUUUUACCUUUAU